AUGCAGCCCAUCCCUGCCACCCACCUCCUUCUUCUUCUUUCAUUUCUUUUUCAUUUCCUUUUUUUUUUUUUUUUUUUUUUUUGCUUGUGGCUGCAGGCCCUGUAGGUUAUGAAAGCAUCUAUGAGGAUGCGAUCAACAUGAAGAAUUCUUCUGCCUGCAUUGUGGCCACAAAGUGGAAGCAGCUUUGGUUCUCUGAAUUAGAUCAUGUAUCCAAUGGAAGUGACAACCCAAGUAAUGAAAACUCCGGCACUGUUGCCCUCUAUGUAACGUACCAAGUACUCAUAUUGUUCUUCAGGUAUCCUAGGUCAGCUACUCUACUUUUGUCGUCAUGGGAAAUUGCACUUCUACCUUCCUUUUACCGGUACCUGAAUCCAGCCCCAUCCUUCGAAACACAGUCUACUGCCUAUUCGGUAUCCGGAAUCAGUGGCGCCGCAUGUACCGGAGUAUUUCGUACUAGCAGUGCUUCGGAAGGCUCCACAUCUGAUUUGAGGGACCGGAUGGGAUACCAGCCAAUCAAUGUAACACCACUUCAACUUCAUCUCGUCCUUUUCCGGAAACUCCUUGGUCCAAUCCGAGCCGCCACCAGCGGCGUGGCUGGGUCCUUCUUAGCAUAUGUCGCGGUCAGCACCAUGGCAAAAACCCCCACUAUCGAAUACUUUCCCGAGCUCUUUCUCUUUUUUUCUUUUUCUCUCUCUUUUUUUUUCUUCUAGCCCAGGCGCCUCUUCUGCCGGGGCCACUAUGUCGGCUUUUUUUUUUUUUUUUUUUCUCUUUUCUUUCUUUUCUUUCCCCUCCCCUCCUCUCUUUACCUUUUUUAGAUUUUCGGGGUUUGAUUCGAAACGGUUGUAUGAGUCAAACGACCACAACUAGUAGGUAAAGGUCCCAAUGAUCAAGCCCAGGAUGGGAAAAUGGACGAGUUUGCUAGGGUGCAGAAGUCUGGCGCAGGACCAAUGAUAGGUGCAGGAGGCUGCUGACGACAGUGCUCCUAAGGUCACGCUAAGCGGCAGCAUUGUU